AUGCAAAUAAUACAUUUAAUACUACUACUAAUCAAUUUUAUAAUCACUUUCAUAAUAGCAUUUGAUUCAUCUUUACCACAUCAACAACAACAACCACAACAUCCACAUAUUUUACCAAAAGCAAAAUUUAGUGCAUUUGAUUCACUAGAUUUUUGUUCACAAAUUAUAACUCCAACUUGUAACACUACAUUUUCAUAUAUUGAUAACUUAAACAAUGAAAUAAGACCAUAUUUAUCAAAUUUAGUUAAAACUUCAUAUUUUAAAUAUUUUAAAUUAAAUUUAGAUAAACAAUGUAAAUUUUGGAAUGCUCAACAUUUUUGCGCAACUGAAAAUUGUGCUGUUGAAAUUUUAGAAGAUUUUGAAUGGGAUAAUAUAACAAAUGAAAAUUUAAAACCUUCAAAAUUAGGUAAAAUUAUAACUUCAUCAUCAUUGACUGAAGAAAAUUCUAUUGAAACAGAAGUACCUGAAACUUGUGAAGAUUUAGAUUAUUCACAUAUUGAUGAUGAUCAUAAUUGUGUUUAUGUAAAUUUAUUAAAUAAUCCAGAAAGAUUUACAGGAUAUGGUGGGAAUCAAAGUUUAGAUGUUUGGAAAGCUAUUUAUUCUGAAAAUUGUUUCCCCAAUACAAAUCCAAUGUCAAUGAAACCAAAUGAACCAAAAGAAAAAUGUAUUGAAAAAAAUUUAUUUUAUAGAUUAGUUAGUGGAAUGCAUGCUUCAAUUGCAGUACAUUUAUCAAAUGAAUAUUUAAAUAUUGAUACAGGAGAAUUUUAUCCAAAUUUAAAAAUUUUUAUGCAAAGAGUUGGAUUAUUUAAUGAUAGAUUAUCAAAUAUUUAUUUUAAUUAUGCUUUAGUUUCUGAAGCUGUAGUUAAAUUAAAUGAAAUAUUACCAAUAAAACAAUUUAUACAAUCAGGUUAUGAUGAUAUAACACCAUCUGAAAAACAUCAUUUAUUAGAAAAUAAUAAUAACACCACCACCAAGAAAGAAGAUGAUAUUGAAAUUUAUGAUGAAUUAUUAAUUGAAGAUAUAAUACCAGCUUUACAAUCAAAUACAUUAUUUAAUACAAGUAAAUUAUUUGAAAAUGAUCCAAAUUUAAAAAAUGAAUUUAGAUCAAGAUUUAAAAAUAUUUCAGCAAUAAUGGAUUGUGUUGGAUGUGAUAGAUGUAGAAUGUGGGGGAAAAUUCAAAUUAUUGGUUAUGGAACAGCUUUAAAGAUUUUAUUUGAAAAUGAUAAUCACCAAAAUCAAAAUUUAAAAUUUAAAAGAAUUGAAAUUGUUGCAUUAAUUAAUACAUUAGAUAGAUUAUCAAAAUCAAUUGAAUCAAUAAAUAAUUUUAAAAAAAUGUAUAUGAAACAUUUAAAAGAUGUUGAAUUAGGAAUUGUUCAACCAGGAGAUUUUGAUAAUGAAAAUAAAUUUAAAACAAAUCAAGGAUUUAAUUUCCCAUUUGUUAAUAGUUUAUCAUCAUCAUCUUCAUCUUCAUUAUCAUCAUCAUCAAAACAACUUAAAAAAUCAUCAACUCAAUCAAAUUCAAAAUCAUCUUCCCACAAUAACAACAAUCAAUUAAAAAAACCAACAAUAAAAGAACUUUAUAAAAUUCAUCCAAAAGAUAGAACAUUUAAACAAGAAUUUCAAUUAGCAUUUAAUGAAGUUUGGGAAGCUUUAAAAUUUGUUUUAACAAGUUAUAAAAAUUUUCCUCUAUUGAUGGUUAAAAUUUCUUUAUAUCAAUUAAAUAAUUGGUGGAAUGAAUUUAUUGGUAAACCUCAAGUUUAUGAAUAUAAAAGUCCUAUUGAUAUUGAAGCUGAAAAUUAUAGUAGAUUAAUUAAUGAAUAA